UUGGUUUUCCUCUACGGCUGCCUUUCUCUUCCCCAUUCUGGAACUUUCAGUUAUUCUGACACAGCUCACUAAGUUAAUAUAUCUCUACACUGUUAUUAGGUAACAUUGGUCUCUAAGUUAAUAUAUCUCUACACUGUUACACUGUUAUUAGGUAACAUUGGUCUUGCAUUAAGAAAUUCUCUAAAAUAAAUUAUUGGCUUCUAGAUAUCUCAACAUCGUAUGUAAGCGUGGUUUUGUUUCCGCCCGGACCACUGUCCUGGUGACACGGAUCUGUUUGUGUUUACCGUUUUUGGCGAUGCUAAUCUUUACUUAACUGUGGGUGAUAAAAUAACAUAGUUUUAAUUAUCAACAUUAUUAAACCACCUCAAUGUCUCCCUUUAUGAUUAUUACUAAUUAUAAACAAAUGCGUUUUGAUGAGCCGUGGUGAGGCGCAGACACGUGUGGACUAGUCACCGCUCUAAUCUACCGGGAGGAAACAGGUACAGAGAUGACAACAUCAGCAGGUGGGAAGGUGGUGCUUCUGGUAGGAGAGGGAAACUUCUCCUAUUCUGCUGCUAUGAGCUGUGUCAUCGCCUUGGGAACUGAUGACAUCAUCAGGGUGUCUGAUGACAUUACCAAGGGGAAUGAUGACAUUACCAAGGGGAAUGUUGACAUCACCAGGAGGACGUAUUCAAGGAUCACAGCCACGUGUCUACAGACCAGAGAGGAAGCACUACGGCACAAUGGCUGCGCCCGCAACAUACACACCAUUAUACACACAGGUGGGGAGGUGCUGUUUGAGGUGGACUGUACACGUCUUUUGGAUUGUCUGCCUGGUCGACAGUUUGACUGUGUGAUCUUCAACUUCCCUCACUGCGGUCGGAAGAGUGGUGUCAAAAAGAACAGACUACUGCUCAAACACUUUUUUCUCAGCUGUGUGGAGGUUCUGAAAGGUGAGGGGGAAGUGCUUGUGUCAUUGUGCAACGGGCAGGGUGGAACUCCAGCAGACCGGCCAAUGAGAGAGUGGCACAACAGCUGGCAGGUGAUCGCCAUGGCAGCCGAGGCAGGGCUUAUUCUAAACGAGGUCCGGCCCUUCGACUGGGUGAAACUUGAAGGCUACCAAUCCACUGGCUACAGGAGCCAGGAUAAGGGUUUUCUCGUGGAGCUGGGUCUGACUCACGUGUUCAGUCGUAAUGUGCUUAGCAGCACCCCCCAGAGGAAGGAGAUGACACAACAUUCGCUGGGAGAACUCGCGCUGACAUACCACAUUCCAGCUGAACUGUCGAACUACAUUGACAGGGGGUUUCUCUCCACUAGUUCUGUCCAUCCAGUCAGGUUGGUUCAGGACUUCCUGGUUCAGGCCCUGGAAGUGGAGUGGCUUGUCUCCAUAGUUGCAGAGCCCCUCCCCCUGCUCAUACGCUCCUCCCCCCAGAGACUAAAAGCCUGUUGCCCUGAUAUGCUAGACACAAGCGCACACUGCUACUGGUUACACCCCACUCACACACCCUCAGAAGCGCUCAAACACACACACACCCUGGAUGACUUGUUGACAGACACACACAUUGGGUGUCCAACUGGUGGUGAAGGUGAAGAGGAUGGUGAAGGUGAAGAGGAUGGUGAAGGUGAAGAGGAUGGUGAAGGUGAAGAAGAUGGUGAAGGUGAUGGAUACGUGCUGCGUCCUUCUCUUCUGCCUCAAAUGGAGGAGAUUCUGAGAGAAAAGGCAAAACAGAGGGAGGAGAGGAAGGAGGUUCUGCUUGGUGCAAGUGGCCUGGUCCUUCAGAGAGUUCCCAUUGGUCCCUGGGCCCUGCCUGCUUUCCAUCAGCUCCUCCUCCGUGGCCCAGGUCCCAAGGCCUCUCAGCCAAUCCCAGCCCUGGGGCAAAGCUUGAAGCGCCUACUGGCCCCCUACGGGGUCUGCCAGGCCGAUGAGCAGGGGUUGGUGUGGCUGACAGCUAAACCAAUGGGACGACUGGGCUGGCUGUGGGCUGAUGAUGUCACGGAUGACAUCACUGUGUGUCUUAACCUUGACCUCCUGGCAUCACUGCUUUACUCUAUCCCAGACUGGCGCCUACUCUGGUCACCUGACCACCGCUUCCUCAGUCAAUUCCUGCACCGCCCGUUUCCUGGGCAACCAUUCCGUCCUUUCUCCCUGUUUCCACUAAGCUUUGUGUAUGACAUCAGUUUCUGGGCGGGGCCAGACUGGCAUGAGGCAGAGUUUCAUGCCUUGGUCAGAAAGGCCAGUGGAGAGACUGUGGAAGACAUGACCCUGAUAGACACCUACAUACCCAACACACACACUGACCUGAGAAAAAUCAGCUACUGUUAUAGACUCACCUACCGCUCACACACACACGCACUUUCACACACACACGCACUGAAACUCCACACACAGCUGCAAAGCUUGCUUUCAACAUGCAUGCAUCUGAUUGUCAGGUAGUGUCUGACUGUGUGUGUGUUUGUUUAUGCCUGUUUGUCUGUCUGUGAGAUUGUUGCCCACAUAGCAAUUUUAUCUCUAAGACUAGUUGUAUGAAUAAAGGAUUUUUGCUUUCUCUAGUA